AUGGCCACAACAAGAGAGAAACAUCCAGUGUCUGGGUGCAAUCUCUUGCCUUUGUUCCCACUGCUUUUCACUUUCUUCCUCACAGACAUAUGGCACAAAGGAGGCCCUUGCCCUGUGAGCCACUUCUGUCCAGAAGGGACCGGCUAUCCCCUUCCCUGCCUUGCAGGAACUUAUAACAAUCUGACCAGACAAGCUGCGUGUUCGCCUUGUGCAGCUGGCUACUACUGCCCUGAAAACACCACCAGCUACCAUGCCUACCCCUGCCCACCUGGCUUCUACUGCCCCAAAGCAACAAGGUUUGCCACUGAGUUUCCUUGCCCCCGGGGUUAUUAUAACCCUGACCCCAUGACCCAGAGCCUGGAUAGCUGCCUGCCCUGUCCCCCAGGGCACUACUGCGGGAAGGAGAAUUUAACAGCCGUGUCAGGGAAGUGUGAUGCAGGCUGGUUCUGUGUAUCGGCUGCAUGGACCGCACAGCCCUUCGACCUGGAUAAUUACACCAAUGCCAACUGCCUGUGUCCAGCCACUGCCACCGGAGGGAAGUGCAUGGCUGGGUUCUACUGCCCUGAGGGCAGCCUUGAGCCCAUUCCCUGCCCUCCGGGGUUUUACUGCCAUGCGUCAGGUCUGUCUGAACCCAGCGGGAAAUGUGCCGCUGGGUUUUAUUGCACAGGAGGAGCAGCCAGCUCUAAACCAACUGAUGGUGCUACUGGGAAUAUCUGCCCCCCGGGCACCUACUGCACUGCAGGGUCAACAAUGCCUAGGCUCUGCCCACCUGGUACCUUUUCCAACCUGCAAGGGCAGAGCAUGGUUUCUGAGUGCCAGCUUUGUCCGUCUGGAUUUUAUUGUGAAGGUUCUGGCCUCAGUGCCCCCACUGGAGAGUGCUGGGAAGGUUAUUACUGUGACAGCAGCCAAGGGCCAGUCAGUGAUUUCACCCUUUACCCAUGCCCGCAGGGCUUUUACUGCCCACCCGGAACACACCAGGGAACUCAAUACAGCUGUCCCUCAGGUACCUUUGGUCCCAGGCAGAAGCUGAAGAGUAUCCAGGAAUGUCAGAGAUGCCCACUUGGAAAAUACUGUGAGUUUCCUGGUCUCUCAGCCCCAACAGGGGCCUGCUCUGAAGGAUUCUGGUGCAAGGGAGGUGCCCGAGUAAGAGACCCAAUGGAUGGAGUAACAGGGCUCCCUUGUCCUCCUGGGCAUUAUUGUCUUGCAGGAACACCCACUCCAUCUCUGUGCCCACAUGGCACCUGGUCCAGCAACGAAGGGAAUAAGAACCUGCGGGGAUGCCAGCAUUGUCCUGGAGGACAUUACUGCAAUAGCACUGGACUGGUAGUGCCAUCAGGACACUGCAGCCCAGGGUUUUACUGCAUUGCGGGGGCCAGAACACCAACACCCACCGAUGGCGUCUCAGGAGCUCCAUGCCCCAUGGGACACUCCUGUCCCCUGGGAACCAAGAAUCCCAUCCCCUGCUCCCCUGGCACUUACAUGCCACAGACACAUGGAGAAGAGUGCUACACCUGCCCAGAGGGUAAAUACUGUGUCCCUCCUCAGAUGCCACAAUUUUGUCCUAAAGGCUUCUUCUGUCCCAAAGGAACAGGUCUUGACUGGCAGCCUUGCCCACCAGGGACCUACAACCCUGAACGAGGGCUGGAGAGCAGCACUGGGUGCAGAGCUUGUGAUGGAGGGAAGUUCUGUCUGUACCAUAAUGCAACAGAUGUGACUGGAGAGUGCUGGGAAGGCUACUACUGUGCACAGGGAUCAGACAGGCCCAACCCAGAGGCCAGGCUCCAAGGUCAGGCUGGCCCUUGUCCUCCAGGCCACUACUGUCCAAAGGGCACUGCUGUCCCCAAGCAUUGUCCUGUGGGAACCUUCAGCACAAGGAUCAAGUUGAGCUCAGAGGUAGGGAAAUGCACAGGGUGA